CUCUGAUAGUAGCUGGUAGUACACCCAGUGUAUUGGUACAUUUGUCGUCUGCAAUUCUACAUAGUGGGUACAUGAUAUGUAUCUGCUUCUGGAUAUUUUAUUCAGUCCAAUCCAAGUCUAAUCAGACAAGACGCGCUUGAUGGGCAAACAAACUACAACAACGAGCUUAUUGUUCUCGACGACGUGCUACCCCCCGAAAAAGAACAAUGACCGUCUGCACCAAGGAAACCACGGCCGCCAAAGGGCCACCUUUUUGUGAAUCCAUACGGCAUGACCAUUCCUUCUUCUUUUGCAUACCACCACGUUCGCCAAGGCCAUGACAAGCCUACUGAUUUUUUCUGUCUUCCUAUUCGUCGCGUCUGUUGUCGCAUCUUCAUCUUCAUCUGUAGUCUGCAUUGCAGGGCAAUGCCUGCAAGGUUCCUCCAAUACGACUCUGGGUGUCAUUCUAUCGUCGUCAGAUGAAUCCACUGCCGUUCUUCUUCUCCCUGGCCAGUAUGCAUCAACGACAAACCCCCAACUUCUCCACAACAUGCUGACGUCGAAGUCGGCAUCUCUAUCACCCUCGCCCGGCUUCAACUCGUCGGGAUCCAUCGAUCUUCCACUGGACCUCGCUCUAGAAACAGGCAUGGCCAUUUAUUCCGGAUCUCUGUACUCUGGUACCGCAGCUUUCACAUCGCUACCAUCUUCUCCGGCAUCCAAUUCAUCGACGACUCUAUCAGCUGCAUCCCUCGCACUUUCAUCCAUUGUUUGGGCGGCAGUUGACAUUGGGAACGAGCGUGUCAUACUCUGGGAAUCCAUUCCAGAUGUUGGUCAAUUACCGCUCUCAGGAUCACUUUCCCUUCUCGACCUGCAAUCUUCUGCCUGCUCCCCAUCGUGUUCAAGUUCGGGUGUAUGUUCUGCUUCUGGGACAUGCACUUGCCCCAAGGGGUUCACAGGCGAGUCUUGUGAAUCUUGCGCAUCUGGUUUCUACGGUCCUGAGUGCCAGGCAUGUCCUUCUGGUUGCUCCAAAUGCGACGAAGGUAUUUCGGGGACUGGACGCUGCUUGGUUGUCGAAGUUUCAAAUGCGCCAGAGAACUGUAAUUGUAUAAACGGCGAAUGCGGUUCUAACGGUCAGUGUACGUGUAACACCGGCUGGACCACGGCAAGCAAUGGAACGGCAUGUGCAAAGUGCUCUGAUGGAUUCUAUUUGACGUCUACUGGUGAUUGUAAAGUUUGCGAAUUGGGUUGUACAUCAUGUGCCGAUUCCACAGGAACUUGUUUUACCUGCAAGACCGGUUUUACUCAGGAUGCGAACGAUAAAACAAAGUGCGAUGCUGUAGAAUCUAAAACAUCGUCCGGCACUGUAUGCCCUGAUGGUAGCUUUAGUAAUAAUGGGACAAAUUGCACUACCUGUUCUUCGGCGUGUUCGACCUGUAAUGGAGCCACGUCGAACGACUGUAUCCUCUGUGCAACCGAGUCAUAUGCGUUUAACGGCAGCUGCGUUUCGACCGACAGCAAAGGAGUCUGCGAAGGCACAAGCCUCAUUGCUGACAAUAAUAAGCAUGCUUGUGAUACAUGCGGAGCCAAGUGUACUUCCUGCGAGAUAUCGAAUUUUAGUGUUGCUUCGACCGUUGACGAACUAAAGUGCACCGCUUGUCUUCCGGGCUCUUUCCUUUCCGAUGGGCAAUGUGUGGACAGCUGCCCGACCGGUACUUUUGUUUCUCCCAAGGAUAAUGUCACCUGUACUAGUUGUGACUCGUCAUGCUCCACCUGUUCGGGUUCGGCAACGUUCUGCCUAACGUGUGCUAAUAGUAAGAUUGCUUCCGAUGGGAGCUGUGUUAGCUCGUGUCCAUCUGGCACAUUCUCAUCCUCCGGCUCCUGCCUCACCUGUCAUCCCGACUGUGCCACUUGUUCGGGCUCGUCGUUCAAUCAAUGUUCCUCCUGUCCAUCUGACCGCCCGGUCCUUACGAACGGACGAUGUCUUCCUACCUGUAGCAAAUCCCAAUACUUCGACAGUACCUCGUCGACGUGCAAGUCUUGCGACUCGAGCUGUUCGACUUGCUCGGGUCCCAAUUCCAGCGAGUGCCUUUCGUGUUCCAGCUCUAGUCAAUAUCUACGCUCCGGUACUUGCGUUGAUGCGAAGUGUACGAACUCUACUAGCGUCAUAUCCGGGCUCGGGGUAUGCCUAUCAGAGCUUGUACUCAUUCAAACUUCGACAACAAGCUCGGACGGUCCUGUACCUUCCAUCACCGGCGUUUCAGAUCCGACUGUGAUACAAAGCAACAGUAAUAAGCUGGCAUGGUGGCAAAUCUUGCUUAUGACAUUAGGCUGCGCAUUCAUAUUCCUGCUCUUUAUCAUGUGUUGGCGCCAAAGAGCCCGUAAACAGCGGGCCAAACGCACCGCCAUGUUCGCUACCGCAAAACGGCUAGAUCACAAUCCGAGUUGGCGCUGGCGGCUGGUUCGAUUCGGGGAAAAGCUGUUUGGGCACCGGCGAAGCGAGCGAGUUCCCUACCCGCCUCCUGAAUCAGAGGAGAUGAAGUUGAUGAGGCUUAGAGCUGCGGAAGAGGCACGGCAUCACGAUGAGAUCGAGAAACUAAUCGGGUCGUACGCGUACGAAGACUCGCGUAAAGCGUUAUCUGGUCGGGACGACGCGAGUAUCGUUUCCGGUCCGUCGAUGUACUCCCAAGUCACAGGGAGGCCUAGACAAACGCCCGAUGUCCGACAGCCCGUGAAGAAGGACCAAACAGCGCGGUUCUCGGCGAGUACGUUUAACUCCACGUUGGGAUCUCGAGAUCGAGAGUUGUUGCCGCCACCCCCACGCUCUGAUGUUGAGGCUUAUGUCCAUGCUGUUCGAUCGCCUAGUAGGGGAAGUUAUUGGAUGCAGCCGAAUCCGACUGGGUCUUCACACAAUCCUUUUCGGAGAUAGCACCCUCGGAGGGGCCAUUUUAUGAUGAUUCCCCUCUCUCCACACAUUCGAUCUUUUUUUGUAUAUCCUAGCAUCUUGGUUUGAUAUCACGACUGUGAUUUUAAUGUAGCGAUAGUUGGAUAGAGCAUUUAAUAGAGUGCGUCAGUUGAUGUUCACGAGACCUUGCUGUCAAGCGGAUAUGAAACGAUGUGGGUGGUACAAGUCUUAGUAAAGGUUUGUGUGUUGACGAUCCGCGGCUG